AUGCGCGCCUCCAAGAACGCGGCGCUUGUCACUGCCCUGACUUCGGUUCUGGCCCCGGAGCUUGUGUCGGCCACCUCUAGCUGCCUCGCUCCCACUGGAGACCCUGUGACUGUUCAAGCCUACGUAAUGGUUGAGCAGAUCCCUGUCCAUCUCAGCGCUGAUAUCUGUUCCAACACAACCUUGAGUGUUGCUGGCACUGUCUUGUCCAUCACGAACGCUCCGACGUUCCUUGUGUCGGACUUUGUGGUCACCAGUACCAUCACGCACACCUCUACUGUAAACUCUGUUUCUACAUUCGAUGGUCCCUGCGCUACACUGACUGCUCAUGGCGGCCCUGAUACUGAGCCUACCACCAUUGUCAUCCCCCCUAAGGCUGGCGAUGAGGUCGGAACAAAGAUUAUCUGUACUCCUGCGGCCACGGACAAUGCUGCCUUCUCUGGUCCCUACACGACUAUCACUGCAGGUCAGGGGUCUGGCCAGGGCACGAAGACUCUGACUUUGGCCCCGGCUGGGGGUGAUCCAACAGGCACCGUCAUUGUUUUCGCUCCCGAAGCAUCUGGACAGGUUGGGGCCCAGGGUGUCUUCACGGGGCCCUAUACCACACUCACCGAGGCCUGGGCGGGAAGCACCGCGACGACUGUCACUCUGCCGCCUCGAGGUACUGGUAAGACAGGCACUCAGAUUGUUCUAAGCCCUACUGCCGCACCAGCUCUCUUCACCGGGCCUUACACGACGAUCACCGGCACCUGGACUGGACUCCAGCCAACAACCUUGUCUCUAGCGCCUGAGGGAAGUAACCCAACUGGAACUGCCAUUGUCUUCUUGCCGACAACCGCGGGCUUGAGCUCCUUCACUGGACCCUACACCACCGUCACUGGAGCCUGGACAGGCGCAGUUCCUACUACCGCCUACCUCCCACCUCAAGGAACUGAUCAAGUUGGAACUGAAAUUGUGUUGACGCCUACUUCCUCCCCAACAAUCACCCCCUUCACCGGGCCAUACACAACCAUCUUUGGUCCCUGGACCGGAACAGUUCCGACCACUGCCAUCCUCGCGCCUCAAGGAACCGACCAGGUCGGAACUCAGAUCGUGUUGACACCCACUUCUGUGACUGGCUCCUUCACUGGGCCAUACACGACUCUGACUGGCCCUUGGACCGGGAGUGCUCCUACCACGGUGACCCUAGCUCCGGCUGGAACGGAUGCCACCGGAACUCAAAUCGUUCUCGUUCCCACAACCGCCGCUACAUCUUUCACUGGUCCUUACACAACUCUGACUGGACCAUGGACUGGCACUAUUCCGACUACAGUCACGCUUGCUCCGUCUGGAACCGAUGUCACUGGAACUCAGCUUGUGCUUCUUCCUACCGUCGCUGAGACUACCUUCACGGGCCCUUACACGACUAUCAGCGGUCCUUGGACUGGCACUGUCGCCUCCACGCUGUCCAUUGCUCCUACUGGCACCGCUACUGUUGGAACCGUCAUCAUCUUCACUCCGGCUGACCCUACGACUUCUAUAAGUGCCAGUUCUGGAUCUUCAAGCAACACUGCAUCGUCACCUUCAGCUACGUCAUCUGACCUAACUACGACCUCUGGUGAAGCGUCUAGUUCUGCCACCUCGACGUCUGUCGUAGAGAGCACAUCCUCUGCCGACCCGAGCAGCUCUUCGCAAACUUCUUCGAGCGUUGCGUCCAGCUCCCAAGAGUCUUCCACCAGCUCCCUUUCAUCCUCUGACUUGGCAAGCUCAACCUCCACCGACCCUACCAGUCCUACCCUGUCUUCUUCUACCACGUCGACUGAUCCUGCUACAUCUUCAUCUUCCUCGAGCACAAGCUCUGAGUCUUCAAGCGCAACUUCUUCUUCAUCUAGCUCUUCGACCGAGUCUUCUUCAAGCUCAUCCUCGUCCUCGUCUAGCUCAUCAUCUGAGUCUUCCUCUAGCACGCUGACGGGAACUCCAACAACCACAACUUCACAGAGCUCCACAGUUUCCGCAUGCGUCGUGACCGCAACAAGCACCUCGGAGUACUGCAACGUUGCCUUGCCUGGAGCCUGUGCUUCACUGUCAACCACCAGCGGUCUCGCUCUCGUGCCGGUUGUGGCAUCUUGCACCGUGGCCCUCGGUCCCUACGCAGCAGGCAACGUUGCGACAUGUCUUGCGACCAACGUGGGCCUCACUACGGCCGGUUCAGACAUCGCAUCCUGCAUUCUCACCGCUCUCGAAGGGCGUUGUAUCUCCACCCUGCCGACAGCGUGUACAGAUCUGGCGUCGUCCAAUGGUCUGGCUCUUGUCGCGGACGUAGCCCAAUGCACCAUUGCCCUGGGUCCCUUCGCCGCUGGGAGUGCCGCAACCUGUCUUGCAACAGGAACCAUUACAGCAUCUACCACGGGUACGAGCAUCAUCCAGUGUCUCGAAAUUGCCUUUGGCCUCCAAUCUGGCGUGGUCACAAUCACCAACUCCGCUUACUGCCCGACUGCCACUGCAACCCCUACGCCUUCGGUCUGCGCCACGGUCCCUGAGCCUUGCCAGAGUCUCGCCUCUAUCAACGGCAUUGCCCUUAUUGCGGCGAUUCCGGUGUGUACGGCAGCCCUUGGCGCUUACGGUGUUGGAAACGCGGCAACCUGUCUUGCUACCGAUGUCAUUGGCCCUCUGAGUGUUGGACAGGACAUUGUGACCUGCUUGACGACUGCUCUCACUACACAGUGUAUCUCGACUUUGCCCGAGCCUUGUCUCGCCCUGGCGGGUGAUACUGCAGCGGAGCUGGUCGUCGACCUGCCGUUGUGCACAGCUGCCCUUGGCCCAUUCGCUGUUGGAGCUGCCCUUACUUGCUUGUCCUCGACCGCUACCAACGGAGACUCGGUCGUUGCCUGUCUCAACACCGCUUUGUUUUCGACUUAA